AUGGUACGUACCGGGCCUCCAGAGGCAGCGCGCGGCGGGCGGGUCCCCGGCGUACAGCGCCUCGGACCAGCGCCCCGCCAGGCGCAGUUAAGUGUGUAUGGUACGUACCGGGCCUCCAGAGGCAGCGCGCGGCGGGCGGGUCCCCGGCGUACAGCGCCUCGGACCAGCGCCCCGCCAGGCGCAGUUAAGUGUGUAUGGUACGUACCGGGCCUCCAGAGGCAGCGCGCGGCGGGCGGGUCCCCGGCGUACAGCGCCUCGGACCAGCGCCCCCGCCAGGCGCAGUUAAGUGUGUAUGGUACGUACCGGGCCUCCAGAGGCAGCGCGCGGCGGGCGGGUCCCCGGCGUACAGCGCCUCGGACCAGCGCCCCGCCAGGCGCAGUUAAGUGUGUAUGGUACGUACCGGGCCUCCAGAGGCAGCGCGCGGCGGGCGGGUCCCCGGCGUACAGCGCCUCGGACCAGCGCCCCGCCAGGCGCAGUUAA